AUGACUCGACCAGGAGAUUUCGAUCAUCUGUACAGUGCUGAAGUCAGGCUCGAACAACCUUCCUCGCCUAGGGCGACGUUUGUACUCGAUGAUAGAUUGUCUGAAGAAUACCAAACCAUGACACAGGAAGAAUUUAUGAAGGCCUCGGCCAUGCGUUUACAGCACUCAAGUUCUCAUGUCAUAAUCUCUUCGACCCAGCCCAACAGGGCUUUAUACGGCUCUACUAUCAAAUUCCGAUUGAUGGUCCGAGCUCAGCAAGCUCUCACUCAGCAUACCCAUGCGGAAGUCAAAGCUCUCAUAAGUCUCGAUCACAAGAACUGCACUGCAGUCCCAAAGUUACUUGGUUAUGGUAACCGGGUGCAAGGCGUAGAAGAUUACGUCCCUGGGGGUAAUACCAAUUAUCUCGCGUGGAAGCGAGUGGCCGGUGAACCGAUUGGCUCCGUUUCUUACUGGGAACGUGACCUCGCAGACCGGGAGGAGGUGCGUUCCGCUUUCCGCGCUGCUUAUAAGUAA